UCUCUCCGCUCCAUCCGUCCAUUCAGCCCCCACAGUCAGCAAAACACUCGUCAGAGCGCAGGUCCACGGCAAACGAAUCCUGCAGAGCUCCGUGUAUGUGUGUUGAUGUGUGUGUGUGUGUGUGUCAGUGUCAGGAGGAGAGAGAGAGCGCUACAGCGUGGACUAGCUGCUUCUGAACCACUGCAGCAGCAUUAAAUCUGGGACUGUCACAGGUACUGAAGGAGAGAGAGAAGACAUUCAAAGAAGGACAUUUAUCUAGCAGCACAGUUAUGGAGACUCAUCUCUGCUGUCCACCAGCGGAUCCAACUAGAAGCAAAGGACAGAAAAGUCAGCCGCCGUAUUGACUUUAAUCUUCUGGUGGAAGAAGGAGAUUAUAUUCCCUGACAGUUUGCUCUCAGAAGGUGAAGAUUAGGAGUGGAUUUUUCCUUCUUUCUUUCCUUUUUCUUCUGUGUUUCAGUUAAUUACUCUGCUUUUGGGGGCUCCUCACCCUCUCCACAAGUCGUCACCUCUCUCAGAUCCUUCCUUUCCUUCCCAACAUCUUCUCUGCAUGCUUUUCCACUGCUCUGCAGGUGAACACACUCAUGGUGGAUGCCAAGGGAAGGAACAUGAAAUGUCUGACGUUCUUGUUGAUGCUUCCAGAGUCAGUUAAGAGCAAGUCCAGUAAAAGCUCCAAAAAGGGGAGUCCCAGCAGCUCGUCCAAGCUGCCCCCUGUGUGCUAUGAGAUCAUCACCUUGAAAACCAAGAAGAAGAAGAAGAUGGCAGCGGAGAUCUUCCCCACUAAGAAGCCGGCAUCGGCCACCACGGUGCAGCAGUACCAGCAGCAGAACUUGAACAACAACAACACCAUUCAAUGCUGCAACUGGCAGGGUCUGUACUCCACGAUCAGGGAGAGAAAUGCUGUGAUGUUCAAUAAUGAACUGAUGGCUGACAUUCACUUUGUUGUCGGUCAGUCCGGAGGAACUGAGAUGCUCCCGGGACACAAGUAUGUCCUUGCUGUGGGUAGCUCAGUUUUCCAUGCCAUGUUUUAUGGAGAGUUGGCAGAGGACAAGGAUGAGAUCCGUAUCCCUGAUGUAGAACCUCCAGCCUUUCUGGCUAUGCUAAAGUACAUUUACUGUGAUGAAAUUGACUUGAGUGCCGACACAGUACUGGCAACAUUAUACGCAGCCAAAAAGUACAUAGUCCCGCACCUGGCUCGGGCUUGUGUCAACUUCUUGGAAACAAGUUUGAGUGCAAAGAAUGCGUGUAUUCUUCUAUCUCAGAGCUGUCUGUUUGAAGAGCCAGACCUAACGCAACGCUGCUGGGAAGUCAUUGAUGCUCAGGCUGAGCUGGCACUUAAAUCUGAGGGCUUUUGUGACAUUGACGCUCAGACCUUGGAGAGCAUUCUCAGACGGGAGACUCUGAACGCUAAGGAGAUUGUAGUGUUUGAAGCGGCACUAAGCUGGGCGGAGGCCGAAUGCCAGCGGAGGGAGAUGAACACAACUAUCGACAACAAACGCAAGGUAUUGGGCCAAGCCGUCUACCUGAUCCGUAUACCAACCAUAGGUCUUGAUGAUUUCGCAAAUGGUGCAGCGCAAUCAGGAGUGUUAACGCUAAACGAGACCAAUGACAUUUUCUUAUGGUACACAGCGGCUAAGAAACCCGAGCUGCAGUUUGCCUGCCAACCUCGUAAGGGAUUGACGCCACAGAAGUGCCAUCGCUUUCAGUCAUGCGCCUACCGCAGCAACCAGUGGCGUUAUCGCGGACGCUGUGACAGCAUUCAGUUUGCUGUAGAUAAGCGAGUGUUUAUUGCGGGUUUCGGGCUUUACGGUUCAAGCUGUGGAUCUGCUGAGUACACUGCCAAGAUCGAGCUCAAACGGCAAGGAGUCGUUCUGGGAACCAAUCUUAGCAAGUACUUUUCAGAUGGAUCCAGCAACACCUUCCCAGUUUGUUUCGAGUAUCCGGUUCAGAUCGAGCCUGACACUUUCUAUACAGCCAGCGUGGUUCUGGACGGAAAUGAACUGAGUUAUUUCGGACAAGAGGGUAUGACGGAAGUUCAGUGUGGGAAGGUGACCUUCCAGUUUCAGUGCUCUUCGGACAGUACCAAUGGCACAGGAGUGCAAGGCGGCCAAAUUCCAGAGCUCAUUUUCUAUGCCUAAGUUUCUCUUGGGAAAACAAAAACUGCCCACCUUACCGGUGUGAAAUAGCUUUACAUUGCGUACAAUAUACUGUAUGUUUUUGUAUUACAUGGCAGAAUUCAACUUCUCCAAUGCUGCCAGCUUGAGCAAACCGAGACAUAACAGGCAUUACAUGGGCCUUGUUUUGAGCUCUUAGUUUUUCGGCGGCUGUCAAAGCGUGAACAGUUACACUGCAUUUCCUCCUUGUCUUAAAAGUGAAUUAAAUAUUUUAUUUUGUGCUCUGCAUUAAGCUGCACCUGUUUACAAAGGAAAAUCUCAUUUCAAUGGGAUGUAAGUUGUUGUCUAAGCUCCUAGUUGGGUGCCACAGCCUGGCUGUUGCUCUUUAUCUUCCUUGAUUUAAAAGAGUUUUGAUUCAUUUAAUUUGAGAGGGGACAUUGUGCAUUGUGCAGUAUAUAUUUAAAUGUAUGAACUGAAUUAUAAUUAUAAUUAUAUAAAUAUAUAAAUAUUAUCACUCUAUGGCUAUAUCUACUGUUUACAACGACUAUACGCCAUGUUAGUGAAUGCUUGCACAUGUAUAUUGUAGCAAUAGUGAACAAAAUAUCCAAACUCAUGAUAACAGACUAACUUCAGUAUUUUUCCCACAUCACGAUUCAAGGCAAUCAAGAUACCUAACACCAAAGUUACUGUCACCAUAACACAUUUUUGAUUAAAUGUCAUUGUCAAGCACAGAUUAUCUUAGACACAGAUUGUGUAGAAUAAUCACAUAAUUUAGAUUUAGAAACAUACAUCAAUUUUUUGCAUCAAUCAUAAUGAGAAAUAUAAACUAUAUGUUUUUAGCAUAAGCAUAUGUAGCGUUUGCACUGGAAUAAACAAUUUUCAUUCAGAGUCUUAGACCCUGCAGUAACCUUAGUCAAGACAGACGUCAUAUUUAAUGUUUUGUAAAUGAAAACAAUGCUGUGAUGGACAAAUGUAUGGGUUAUACGUUUUUUAAAUAAAUGACAAAAAAAUGGUUUAAUUAGACAUGACAUUGCUGUACAUCAAUCCUUAACAGUUUUCAUUUUUGGAAGAUUAAUAUGACCCAACUGAGGUCAGUGGAAUCAAAUGUACAGUGCUUCAUGUUGUAUUAUAUUCAGCAGAAUGAACAUCCUAAAUAUUUCUUACAAUAAAAUGUCUCUGUUCUCUAAUGGAUUCUGUGAAACAUGACUUAACACAGUUCACCACCAAUAUGUUUUAAGUCUCUUUCAUGUGACUUCAAAGUGCACUAAGAAACUAACUGAACAAACACACACUACUGUUAAUUCAGCUGAAAUAACAGGUUACAUAUUCACAGGCACCAUCAUUACACAAUGUGACGUUUUGGGAUAUUGUGUCAUCAUUUCCACCUCUAUAAGUGUUGUGCUCAUGCCUAAUUAGCAGCAUAAUUAGCCGUCACCCAACAAACCCGUCUUCACGCUACUAAAUGGGAUGUUGUCAACUAACAUUAUAUCAUGUAUUUGUAAAGACAAGAUAGUUCAAGCAUUUUAUUUGGAUUGCAUUGGGCUGUAAUUACCAGCAUUGAUGUUUUCCCCCUCUUAUUUUCAUUAAGGUGUCAAAAGCAGCAAGGAAGCAGAAUGCUAAUUCUAUUCCCUGCUGAACUUUUAGUGAUAGACAUAAUAGCGAUGAGCAGAAAACAAAUAAUUGCUCUUUAAACUGAUCAAGAAGUGUCAGUGAAAUGUGACUGGUCAUAAUCUAAUAUUACAGCUUUCAUUUUUUUUUCUCCUUCUAAUUUUAUACAGUGAGUAUGACAGCAGAAUAUUUGGUCUGUGAAUCAAGUCAGCACUGUACUGAAGUCGAAACAUUAAGGUUAUACAGAUCACCAACAAGGU